CAAGAGACUCAAAUCUGGGCUCGAUAACGAGCAGAUAUGGUCUUGUUCUCCUCGAUGCGAGGACUUGCUUAGAGAAGAAGUGUAGACCUAACGAAAACCGCAAUUAGAAAGUCUCAUGGACGGAAUGAAGAAAGAUUGGAACAUCGUCGUGGUUGGUGCCGGGAUAUUUGGCCUGACAACCGCUCUUGAACUUGCUUUGCAGGGAUAUCGAAAUAUCACCGUCCUAGAUCGCCAUGUGCCCCCGGUUCCUGACGGCUCCAGCGUUGACAUCUCACGGGUCAUUCGAUUCGACUACGCCGACGAUCUCUACCUCAAGGUGGCCUUGGAAGCGUAUGAGAAAUGGUCCAAAUCGCCCAAAUACAAAGAUAUUUUCGUUCCCGCGCCUGUUGUGUUAACCAGCGAUCGCAACUCUCUUGGAAGGACCUAUAUCGAGAAUGCCACCAAUGCUUUAGACCGCGCGAACCUCCCGUGGGAAAGAUUACCUUCCGCUGAUGCCACGCGAAGUCUAUAUCCAACCUUGAGUGGUCCUCUUGCUGGACCCGAGUUCAUGGGCUACCACAACCAACAAGCAGGCUGGGCAGAUGCACUCAAGGCCGUUGUCAGCCUGCGUGAUGAGUGCGUUCUCCGCGGGGUUUCGUUCUUGUCAGGUCGUGCUGGCACCGUUGUCAAGUUCGACAGAGAUACGUCAGGGACAAUUCGCGCUGCCAAAACUCUGGCCGGCACCGAGGUCCUAGGUGACCUGUUUAUUCUCUCUGCCGGUGCGUGGGCAGCCAGUCUGGUGCCCAUGUACAACUCCACUCUCUCAACCGGCCAAGUCCUUGCGUACCUUCGUCUGUCGCCGGAGGAGAUGAAGAAAUAUGAGCAAAUGCCUAUCUACGUCAAUUUCGGUACGGGAUGGUUCAACUUCCCACCACACAAAGACACAUCGCUGUUGAAGAUGGCCGUGCAUGGAUGGGGUUAUGAACGAUCCCCAAGUGAAAGUGAACGCGAGAUCCUCAAGUCUGAUGUUUCGACGCCACCUUUUGCGGUUACCGGUGGACGCAAGAACUAUAUCCCGUUAGAUGGGGAACGCCGGCUGCGAGACGGCCUCAAAGAGUUGCUGCCCGAACUUGCUGAGCGACCAUUUGAACGGGUUGCUGUGUGCUGGUACACCGACACGCCCACGGGCGAUUUCAUCAUGGACUACCACCCAGAUUAUCGUAAUCUUUUCAUUGCCGGAGGAGGCAGUGGGCAUGCCUUCAAAUUCUUGCCAGUCCUCGGCAAGUAUACAACUCUUGCUCUCCACAAAGCACUCGAGCCUGAGCUCUCGAAAAAGUGGCGUUUCCGUACCGAGUACAAGGAGACGGCCGAUGCCUUCGCAGGUGAUGGAAGUCGAGGAGGACCAGAAAGAAGACAGUUCCUUGCUAAUGAACGGGCAAAAUUAUAG